CGGAGGUUUCGAGUGCUAUUAAUAAAUUGGAGACCAAGGAUAAGGCGACGGUACGACUCAAGUAUCUACAGUACUCGCAGACUUCCUGGAAACGAUGAACGAGAAGCAUAUCCUGCCAUUCUGCGCUCCGUGCUCCAUGCUCCAUGCCCAAAGCUAUCUACACUACUACUCCACAAGGGCCUUCUCUCCGUAUACUUCCAGAACAAGUCCGUAAACCUCCCACGCUGAUCCAUACUACAUACCCUUAUUCUUUUUCCUCCAUAUUUUUCAUUAAUUUCGUCACGAUUGACUGCACAUGGCAGUUCCGAUAGACUCGGAGGCGCGCGCAUACGGUCCCGUUUCAUGUAGAGUCCCCAAUCCUAGUUCCUGGGUUCUCGCCAUGACUACUCCCUCUCCCUUUACGCUUGACUCUUUCCCUCCUUCGUGCGGCUCUCUCCUUUCGCUCUAGCCUUUGCCAAUCACUGGGGUCUACGUAUCCUUUGCUGACCAGACCGGCCUCCCUUUUAAUUCCUCUUUGUGCAAAUUCAUGGUGAGCACACGCUUGGACAUCGUCGACCAUUUGCGCCUGGUGGGUUUUGCAGACGAACUACACUUCGAUCACAGCUCAGCUGGGCUGAUCCAACGCUCGAUCCUCAUCCCUCCUUGUCUUUCUCUUUCUAUACUCCUACUCCCCGUUCCUUUCCCAUUACUAAUCAACAAUUGCCAACCACCAAAACAUUGGGCUUGGGUCCCGAGAAGACUGCAGUUGUGGCUCGUGCCCACCUCCAACCCAAUUUGACCCAAAAAAAACCAUCGAAACUGUUUCCCCCCCCUCCUCGACCACUUCGACCACUUCGAACCAAUACCCACUCCCUUUUGAUCCCUGUCGCAUCCCUUCUUCAUCCUUUCCUCUUUUCACACUUUUAUCUUCCCUCCUCUUCUGCAUUAGUCCUACUCCCUUCAAUUCAUCUCCACCUCCUCCCUCCUUGUGCGAUCAGCUUGAGAAACCCCGUUCGUUUGCCACCGCCAUCCUGGACCCAGCCCCAGGAUUUCCACUGGAUCCUCUCUACACGAGGGCGGUGACGCAGGCCCUUCGACGUUCCCGCGAUCAUCCCCCCCAUUCCCCUCCACACUCUGGAUUCGAACGGCCGUAAUCCUUUUCGUCGAUUUCCUCGCUCUACAUCCCUCGUAACUCCUCGACCCGGUUCCGUUUCUCUCGAUCCCGGUUCACCAUGGUGACCGGCAAGUCGCAGCCAGGCGUCGAGCCAGUUCAGCUCCCUGCCACCUCCCCUGACCCGACCGGCUCUAACUCCCCGCCUUCCAAGCGAGAUUUGGCAUCUUGGUGGAGGCAGUUCAAACGAAACACGAGGAAAGACGAAGUUAAAGAACCACCUCGAGGCAUCUUCGGUGUACCACUAAAUGUCAGCAUCAAGUAUGCGAAUGUGGCUAUCUCUCUAACCGGAGAACAUGGCAAAAGCCAUAUUUACGGAUACGUUCCCAUCGUCGUUGCCAAGUGUGGCGUGUUUUUGAAGGACCGAGCUACGGAUGUAGAGGGCAUCUUCCGCCUUAACGGCUCUGCCAAGCGCAUUAAAGACUUGCAGGAAAUCUUCGACUCCCCCGAACGUUACGGAAAAGGCCUCGAUUGGUCCGGAUACACCGUGCACGAUGCCGCCAACGUCCUACGUCGAUACCUCAACCAGUUGCCCGAGCCCAUCGUUCCUUUAGAGUUCUAUGAGCGGUUUCGCGAACCCCUACGUGUGUACCAAAGACAAGCACUGGACCAGGGAGAAUCGGCCGCGGCUGAGAAGUUUGAUCCCGCCCAGGCCGUCGAGACCUAUCAGCGCCUGAUUGUCGAGCUUCCCCCGUUGAAUAAGCAGUUGCUUCUCUAUAUUCUGGAUCUCCUUGCCGUCUUUGCAUCCAAGUCGGAUCAAAAUCGCAUGACCUCGGCCAACCUUUCGGCCAUCUUUCAACCCGGAAUGUUGUCUCACCCACAGCAUGACAUGUCGCCAGAGGAGUACAAGCUGAGUCAGGAUGUGUUGAUUUUCCUCAUCGAGAACCAAGAUCACUUUUUGGUCGGAAUGAGUGGCACCACUCCCGAUGAGCAGCAAGUCAAAGAGGUUGAAGCUGGCCUUCAGCCUGCCGCAUUCUCCAAAGAAGUCGAGGGCGGCGUUGUAGCUCGCCCCUCACCAACUUCAAACAUUCGACGAUCUGUCUCCAAUGCGAGCGGUAGCAAUGAAGGUCACCGCAAGAUCGACAGCAUUCGGAGGAAUGUCUCCGUGUCAUCUCGAAACUCCCGCAAUUCUCGUCAUUCAAACAAUGCUCCCAGUCCUGGCACACCCACCUCGACUUCGGGUGGUGGUGUUCAUCGAAGCAACACCCUUCCCUCCAAGAUGGGCCCCGUGGUGACAUCGGCCCGCUUUGCCCGCGUUGGGGAAAGCGGCUCCGCCAACCCCUCGGGUCUCUCUGUUUCGCAUCACAGCUCUCGAUCCGGGAGUCAAGCGCCCUCUCUGCGUGAAGAGUCUGAGCAGAGACAGCCCGGCACUGCCACGCCGGGAACUCCCACCAGAAGUACCUUGGUGCAUACAUCAACGCAUGGUCCUAUACCAGUCGCGACAGCCGAGAAGCUCAAUAUCGUUGAUCGCACUGUGCCCCAGGACAAUCAGCAAACGCAAAAUCCUCCUCAAAGUCCUCCACCUGCUACGCUCCCUCCACAGAGCAUUCAGCUGCAGGGAUUACCCACUGCCGCGUCUCCACCUCCUCAGGUUGUAACACCGAGCCGGGAGCGAAAGUUAGCCAACUUCUUUACUAAAUCUCCACCUCCCGAAGGAGAGACUCGACAGCCUAAUCGGCUUAGGAAAAAGCGUAUUCCAGGCAGUGCAAGCAUCAGUGCACAGAGCUCCACCAACUCUCUCGAUCCGCACUGGGACACACCCUUGGAAUCAACUUCACAGCGCAGGUCUUUUGACGGUGCUGUGGGAGAUACUACGCCGAAGCCACCUAACACCGCGACGCUGAGCAACCGUGAUGCAACGCCCGAAUCAACUCCCACGUUGGGCGAUAGCUCCUCGCACCCCAACACGGAGAACUCCUUGAGGCCACACCAGUCGCGUACGCCAUCAAUGAACUCUCGGUCAUCAUUCACGGACCAUUCGGAUCUGGAGCAGCCCGAGGAUGGCUCGCGUUCCGACCGUCGAGAAAACCGACGCAGCUGGCGGUUCCAUCGCUCGGCGAAACGCAGCAGUGAGCAGAUCGGACUGGGUCUUGCCUCUCCUCCCUUGAUUGCUUCAGAUUCUGGCGCUGAGAAAAGUACUACCUCCUUUGGGAGCGGGUCGUAUCAAAGCAACGAUCCCUCCAGUCAGCCUUUGAGUUUGGAUGCAGGCAUUCAGAGCAACUCAAUUGCCAAUGCUGAACCGGAGAAGAGAAGUUUAUUCGGCAAGUUCAAGGCCAAGAUGGCUCAGGUAGUCAAGGACGACCGUGAGCGCGCAAAGAGUCCCAAUCAGAUCGAUAACGACCCAUCCGCUACAAGUCAACCACUCUCCCCACCAGUCCCAAACCAGGCGAAUGGCAAGCCUCCAGUUGAUGUCACUGUUGAGCAGCCAAAGGAGGAACCGCUCCGAUCGCCCGCUUCUCCACUACCCGGAGCGGGCCUGCCUCCUGCCAUCCCCGAGGAACCAAACAGUCCAGAGACACCCUCGGCAGCUGCCGUGGAGUUCAAGAAACAGCUUGAGCCCGAGUCAACAUCAGCUGCUGAAAGCACAACGGUACCAGCGGAGACAACCGCGGUCGCUGAACCGUCGGAAAUGACACCUACCGACAAAGAAACAUCCGCAUGAGCUGAUGUGAGAUAUGACGAUUCUGAACGAUUUCUUUUUUUAGAGUACUGUACUCAAAUCCCGUGUAUUGCUGCUUCAACUAGCCACUUUGUUUUUUUUCCUCACAAAUUCCUUCUUCUUGCUCUUCCUUCAGUCAUUUCCUUAUACAGCGUACAGCCCCGGAUUCGUGGGAAUCUUAAGCGGAGUCUCUAGUUUUCUUGGUGUUGGGGUUCGUGCUUAAGGCUUACCUGCAUGGCUUUAGGAAAACAUCCACGUUGGUAAUUACUGGCGUUUGUUUGGUCAAUAUGAUAUCCGUGUCAGCCUUAAGGGCCUUUUCACAUCUUGGCACCGUUGGUUUGUUUGUGGCCAUGUGUCACCGUGUUUCUAUUUUCUUGAGUGCCUGGUAAUACAAUUCAGACUCGGGGCUGUUUUCUGGGCCAUGCUGCUAUAAUUUGCCAAUACGUCUCUGUCCUAAAAGACAUACUUUCAAGUGCGCUUGAUCUGUUUCUUGUCCUCGUGCAUCUGCCUUUCGCCUUGUUGGUACG